ACUUUUUCUUGGAGUUUGUGUCUUUGGUUUGUGACUUCUGGCAGUGCCGGGCCUGUUGUUGCCGCUCUCCCUCGCCCUCCUGGCCCCCCUGGUCACCAUGGCCCAUCGGCUUCGGUUUCAUUUUGGCUCUGGUCGCAGCAACACAGCCCCCGAAUCAGAGAUCCUAGACCAGGAGAGAGAAGACGACUUCUUCAUGGCAUUCCACACCCUACCACGGAGGAGCAGCCCACACCCCUUCGCCCAGAACGGAGGGGAGGAUGGCGACGGAGGCCUGCAGGGAGGCGUGGGCGCGCUCAAGCGGAGCUCGUCCAUGUUCAUCCCGCAGCUCCUGACCAGCAUCGACGCCCGCCCCACGUGCAGCUCCUCGGUGCAGAUCUCCCUGCAGCGCAAGGCCGCGGACGGGGCCACCGACGGGUGCGGGCCGCCCGAGGGCGCCGACGAUGGGCCUCCGUGCGCCACGCCGGACCCCGGGGACCAGGCCUCCGCCACCGCCAUCACGAGGGCCUCGCCCCAGAGCGGCUGCCGCGAGCCCUCGCCGAGGGACACCCCCGGGAGCUCCCCUCCGAGGGCAGCCCGGGACCCGGGGCUCCAGGUCAACGGCACGUGCGGCCGCCGCCGCGUGCGGUGCCCUGGCCCCGUGGACUGCCCGGAGGAGGCUGCCCCGGGCCUGCGAAUCCAGCACCGUGCCUCCAGCGCCGACGUGCGCCAGGUGAGGCUGCUGCCCCUCGGCCCCGAUGGCCAGGGCGGCGCAGCGGCGGUAGAGCCCAGGCGCUGGUCCCUGCAGCAUGUUCCAGAUGCUUCUGGAAGCUCCGGGAAGCGGUGUUUUGUCUUCCAGUUGCAGCAGCCCCAGCAAGGUGCUCCGGGGUCAGGCAGUGACCUCAACUUUGGCUUCACGGGCACAAAGGGGGACAGGUUGGUGAGGUAUCCCCGCAUUCGGCUGGAGAGGAGCACCUCGUACCCCACGCAGCCCCGAAGCGAAAGAGGGAGCCCAACGGAAGAUCGGGGAGCCCCGGAGGCACCGCCUCGGGCUGGCCGGAUGGCUCCCGAAAUCCGCAGGACGAACUCCGCAGAGAGGACUCCACAGGGCCAGGGGUGCACAUUUAAGAUCAGGCAGGAUCAGAACGCAGGGCAGCAGCAUUUUAGAAUUCUUGUAACCCGGGGGCCGGAAGAAGUUCCCCAGAAUCCCGAGGAGAAAAGCGCCAAAAGCCCUGUUUCCACGGGAGCUGACGCCACGACACGAGACGACUUCCUGGGCCAGGUGGACGUGCCCCUUAGUCACCUUCCGACCGAAGAUCCAACCAUGGAGCGACCCUAUACCUUUAAGGACUUUCUCCUCAGACCAAGAAGUCAUAAGUCUCGAGUUAAGGGAUUUUUGCGACUGAAAAUGGCCUAUAUGCCGAAAAAUGGAGGUCAAGAUGAAGAAAACAGUGACCAGAGGGACGACAUGGAGCAUGGAUGGGAAGUUGUUGACUCAAAUGACUCGGCUUCUCAGCACCAAGAGGAACUUCCUCCUCCUCCUCUGCCUCCCGGGUGGGAAGAAAAAGUGGACAAUUUAGGCCGAACUUACUAUGUCAACCACAACAACCGGACCACUCAGUGGCACCGACCAAGCCUGAUGGACGUGUCCUCCGAGUCAGACAAUAACAUCAGACAGAUCAACCAGGAGGCAGCGCACCGUCGCUUCCGCUCCCGCAGGCAUAUCAGUGAGGACUUGGAGCCUGAGCCCUCGGAGGGCGGGGAUGUCCCCGAGCCUUGGGAGACCAUUUCAGAGGAAGUGAAUAUCGCUGGAGACUCUCUCGGUCUGACUCUGCCCCCACCACCGGCCUCCCCAGGAUCUCGGACCAGCCCUCAGGAGUUGUCAGAGGAACUGAGCAGAAGGCUUCAGAUCACUCCAGACUCCAAUGGGGAACAGUUCAGCUCUUUGGUUCAAAGAGAACCCUCCUCAAGGUUGAGGUCAUGCAGUGUCACCGACGCGGUUGCAGAACAGGGCCAUCUACCACCGCCCAGUGCCCCAGCUAGGAGAGCGCGUUCAUCAACUGUCACGGGUGGUGAGGAACCAACGCCAUCAGUGGCCUAUGUACAUACCACGCCGGGUCUGCCUUCAGGCUGGGAAGAAAGAAAAGAUGCUAAGGGGCGCACAUACUAUGUCAAUCAUAACAAUCGAACCACAACUUGGACUCGACCUAUCAUGCAGCUUGCAGAAGAUGGUGCGUCUGGAUCAGCCACAAACAGUAACAACCAUCUAAUCGAGCCUCAGAUCCGCCGGCCUCGUAGCCUCAGCUCGCCAACAGUAACUUUAUCUGCCCCGCUGGAGGGUGCCAAGGACUCACCCGUACGUCGGGCUGUGAAAGACACCCUUUCCAACCCACAGUCCCCACAGCCAUCACCUUACAACUCCCCCAAACCACAACACAAAGUCACACAGAGCUUCUUGCCACCCGGCUGGGAAAUGAGGAUAGCGCCAAACGGCCGGCCCUUCUUCAUUGAUCAUAACACAAAGACCACAACCUGGGAAGAUCCACGUUUGAAAUUUCCAGUGCAUAUGCGGUCAAAGACAUCUUUAAACCCCAAUGACCUUGGUCCCCUUCCUCCUGGCUGGGAAGAAAGAAUUCACUUGGAUGGCCGAACGUUUUAUAUUGAUCAUAGCAGCCAGGUGUUAUGUGGAGAAAAUGAUACCAGAGAAUCAGUGCCUUCAUACGAUAGCAAAAUUACUCAGUGGGAAGACCCGAGACUGCAGAACCCAGCUAUUACUGGUCCGGCUGUUCCUUACUCCAGAGAAUUUAAGCAGAAAUAUGACUACUUCAGGAAGAAAUUAAAGAAACCUGCCGAUAUCCCCAAUAGGUUUGAAAUGAAACUUCACAGAAAUAACAUAUUUGAAGAGUCCUAUCGGAGAAUUAUGUCCGUGAAAAGACCAGAUGUCCUAAAAGCUAGACUGUGGAUUGAGUUUGAAUCAGAGAAAGGUCUUGACUACGGGGGUGUGGCCAGAGAAUGGUUCUUCUUACUGUCCAAAGAGAUGUUCAACCCCUACUACGGCCUCUUUGAGUACUCUGCCACGGACAACUACACCCUUCAGAUCAACCCUAAUUCAGGCCUCUGUAAUGAAGAUCAUUUGUCCUACUUCACUUUUAUUGGAAGAGUUGCUGGUCUGGCUGUAUUUCAUGGAAAGCUCUUAGAUGGUUUCUUCAUUAGACCAUUUUACAAGAUGAUGUUGGGAAAGCAGAUAACCCUGAAUGACAUGGAAUCUGUGGAUAGUGAAUAUUACAACUCUUUGAAAUGGAUCCUGGAGAAUGACCCUACUGAGCUGGACCUCAUGUUCUGCAUAGAUGAAGAAAACUUUGGACAGACAUACCAAGUGGAUUUGAAGCCCAAUGGGUCGGAAAUAAUGGUCACAAAUGAAAACAAAAGGGAAUAUAUCGACUUAGUCAUCCAGUGGAGAUUUGUGAACAGGGUCCAGAAGCAGAUGAACGCCUUCUUGGAGGGAUUCACAGAACUGCUUCCUAUUGAUUUGAUUAAAAUUUUUGAUGAAAAUGAGCUGGAGUUGCUCAUGUGCGGCCUCGGUGAUGUGGACGUGAAUGACUGGAGACAGCAUUCUAUUUACAAGAACGGCUACUGUCCAAACCACCCUGUCAUUCAGUGGUUCUGGAAGGCUGUGCUACUCAUGGACGCCGAAAAGCGUAUCCGGUUACUGCAGUUUGUCACAGGGACAUCGCGAGUACCUAUGAAUGGAUUUGCCGAACUUUAUGGUUCCAAUGGUCCUCAGCUGUUUACAAUAGAGCAAUGGGGCAGUCCUGAGAAACUGCCCAGAGCUCACACAUGCUUUAAUCGCCUCGACUUACCUCCAUAUGAAACCUUUGAAGAUUUACGAGAGAAACUUCUCAUGGCCGUGGAAAAUGCUCAAGGAUUUGAAGGGGUGGAUUAAGCACCCUCUGCCUCGGGGGUGUUUGUUCUUCAAGCAAGUUCUGCUUGCACUUUUGCAUUUGCCUAACAGACUUUUGCAGAGGCGAUGGCAGAGAGCAGCUGCAGGCAUGGUCCCUGGAGCCGAGCCUUCGCCAUGCACUCGUCCAAGUUCGGAUGUGGGAACCUGGUCCAAGCUUGAGUUUCUGCAUUUCCCACCACAAAUUAUCAACUGGUUGAUGUGUACACUAAUUACAUUUCAGGAGGACUUAUGCUAUUUAUGUUGUGCCUCUGCAGGCAAAGCCCUUAAUAAAUAUUUUACAUCCUUUCUAAUGACAAUGAAUGGAAUUAAUCACUCUACAGGUAUAGUAUUACAACUCAUGUUUACUUUUUAAAAUGAUUUAGACCGAUUUUCAGAUUUUAUUUCGUUAUGAUUAAAGAUGUCUCAUGUACUUGGAAAAGUGAGCAUUUUUUUUUUUUUUAUAUUUCACUUUCAUACCAGGCUUAAUGUCAAUGACAUUUUUAUUUUUGAAGUCUCUGACACCUCCACCCUCUACUUUAUUAGAAUUGGAAGGCAAAUUUUUGUCCAAAAACCUUCUACAGACAAGUACUUUGAGAGAAUUUCCAAUAUAAUAUUAGACAUAAUAAUUUUUUCCAUACUCAGAAUGAAAAACUGGAUAUUACAUUUUUGUUUUGGGGUUUUUUUGUACAAAUUUAGCUAAUAGCUACAGACCGAGAGAAUUGUAACAUAGCAUGACAAAUUUUGUGUUGACUUGAAAGGAAUCACACCAUUAUUCCUUAGAAGUAAUUACAUGUGCUCUAACACAUUUGAGACAGGGUUGGACUCCCAUUUCUCAUCAGAGAAAUUAUUUAGCCCUUCCUGGCGCUGUACAGUCAUCUUUUAUUCUAUUUCCUCUUUGCUGUUUGUAGUAGAGACAUUUUGAAUGAAACUUGGCACUGCUUGAUUCAAAACUGUGGAAACCAGAUCUGUUCAGUCUCCUGUUUGUGUGUGUUUGCUAAUGGUAGCUAAAUAACCAGUUUUUGUUGUAAAUGCACCAAUUCUGAAGGCACUUUAUGUACUACAUGGAAGUCAUGUCUGGUUUUGUUUUUAUUUUUUUAUCAUGAACAUUAAAUGUGAUGAUGAUUUCUUUUCCCUGCACACUUCUUUCCGGUGCAAUAUCUAUCCAUUGUGAAUCUGGCUGCUGGUGUAUAAAAACCUGGAUGUAAAGCUGAGCCUACAGACCUGUCCUCACCAACUGUUUUGUGAUUUCUACUCAACUACAAAGAUUUAUUUAAUGUACACUUAAUCUAACUGAGUUUUGUUACCAAUGACCUGUUGCAUGCUUCGAUACCGUGUACUGCCUGAGUUGUGUCUGUUGUGCGCUAGAUUAAAAGUGAGACAGAGACUUGACUUGAUCCUCUGAGCUCAAGCUGUUGAGCUGGUAGUGGCAGAGGACUGAGGGUACCGGCAUAGUUUGAUUCUUUUCCACGUGUAAGUCUCCAUUGCAGAAUUGUCGUGCUUUGAGAAAACACCUAAGGCAGUGUAGGAGUUGAACGACCCCGCUGUCCUUUUUAACCUGUGUUGUCCUAGACCCUGUCAGGGCAGUUAGGGGACACUAGAGAUUUGAUAUCAUGCCAGUCAUCAAUAGGACAAAAGAGUUGUGGUUUGGGGAGGUCUGUUUGUUAUAUAAAAAGGACCUUUCUGUGUAAGAAAUUGCCUUUUUUACCGUGCCCUGGGUGGCAUGUGAGAAGCCAUGGAAGGUUGUCGUCGUAAAUGAGUUGUCUAAAGGGGUGCAGAGGCCUGAGGUUUCUAAAAGAAGGUAGAUUUCUACAGAGCUGAGUGUUGGUUCCUUUUUCUUAUUGGUUGAAAAGUACCUGGUAGUGAUCAGAAAACUUAGAUGCUAUGUAACUUAAAAAAAAAAAAAAAAUCCUGCUCAUUGGUUUUGACUGUUGGUGAGACGUUUCCCCUACAGUUAACAUAACAAAUGUCUCAGUGGUAAAAAAAAAAAUCCCCUUUUUGUAAGCCCCUGUAGUCUAGAGUCAGUUUUCUUUUUAAGAAUCAUGCCAGAGCCUGAGUUGAGCAGUACGCUUUCUUGGUUUUUGAGAGUAAUCGUGUAAUUGUAGAGGGAGAAAUCCAGUUCUAGCCUAAGAACUGGGAUUCUUCUGUCGUCUUGUAAACUGUAUAUUGAAAAAAGCAGAAUAGUCACUAAAUGCAUAUUAAGUCAAGUAUUGGAAAGUAUAAAAGAAAAAUCAUUCUGACAAUUUCUAAGCCAGAAGCAAACAAGAAUUACUGAAAUCCACCCCAUGAAUUCUUGGAAGGCAGUAAUUGUGAGUGACACCUCAGUUCAUCAACCCCUUAAUAAUACCAGCUUAAUUUAAAUGACAACUAAAUAUUGCUGAAGUGGGGUUUUAGUAUUUUUUUAAAAAAAAGCAAAACAAGGUUCACUAGUCCUCAGCAAUUCUCGAAGUUUCUCUCUUUGCCUAAAAUGGUCAUAGAUCUUGAUUAUUCUGAAUCAUGAUGACCACGCCCCGUCAUCUUCACAGCAUAAUUGCAGGUGGCAGGAAAAACAGUGUGCUCUGUGCUGGGUGAGGAGCAGUUUGCUGGGCUGUUCCUUGGGCCCCGACCUGCCCUGUGAGUAGCCCUGGGGGAGAGAGGGCAGUGCUGCCUAUCCCAGAGGUCCCAGCAGCCACACUGCUCUGCAGGCCGGGCUCUCUUUAUAGCCAGAGAAAUCACCUUAAUGCAGUUUAUUUAGUUGUCUGCUGAAGCUGUAAUUAUUAUGGGCCAAUUACGUGAGGCUGAGAAGUACGUGCCAGAGUUCAUGCACUGCCUAUUGCAGGUUUCUUAACAUCAGUUAUCACGGCUGCCUGUGUGUCCCGGCUAUUUGCAUUCCUGCCCCUUGUUGGCCCGAGGAAGGACGUGGAAUGAGCGCCUGGCAGGAUGAAGGUCCAACAGCCUGUGCCUCUCCACCGCUGGUCCCGGAGCCGACAGCAAUGAGGCAUUCAUUUUCUGUGUUACAGUGUACUCCCAGCUUCAGUGCUCUUUUCCUUUUUGCCUGAAAUGUUUAUGCUUCUCUGUGGCCAGUCCUCUAACAAAUCACAAGAACAAAGGUAAAACACUUGACUUUUGUUUCCAGGACCCUUCAGCAGGUGACAUCAGCUAUUCCCUGAAUUCAGACAAUGAGGGAUACAGAGCGACUUGGCGUGUAUUAUUUCUCCCAUGUAAGGACAAAGGGACAGAUUAUUAUUAAUAUUUUUGAGACAGAGGCUCGCUCUGUAGCUCAGGCUGGAGUUCAGUGGCUCAAUCUCAGCUCACUAUAACUUCUGCCUCCCGGCUUCAAGUGGUUCUUCUGCCUCAGCCUCGCCGAAUAGCUGGGAUUAUAGGCACCCGCCACCAGGCCUGGCUAAUUUUUGUAUUUUUAGUAGAGACGGUUUCACCAUGCUGGCCAGGCUGGUCUCGAACUCCUGACCUCAGGUGAUCCUCCUACCUCAGCCUUCCAAAGUGCUGGGAUUACAGGCAUGAGCCACUGCACCCGGCCUCACAGUGACAGAUUCUGAGAAACUGUGUGCAAAGCAUUUGCAUGGUUUUCUACAUCUCCCAUUGUUGCAUAGACAGUGUGCACCGCUGCUAACUUGCCAGAGCCACAGUGGCCCUCUUGAAAGCCAGGUUCAUACACAGCAACUUUUUAAUUGUUCUAACAGUUACCCAUUAACAGUCGACUCCUGUAUUUCUAAGAGUCUUGUACUCACCUCUGAAAUUUAAAAAUAUAUAAAGAGAGCCUGGGUUAAUCAGUUCUGCAGCCCCUACCCACUGUGCUAAUUCUCUCUCCUCCUUACCCUGCCCCUGCACCCCUGUACUUACAGGGAGAGGUGGGAGGUGCUGUCUGGUAUCAUUUUCUGCCUUGCCAGUAGGGGGUGCCGCUGUGCAGGUUAACUGCCUGGCCUGCUCUUUUCCUGACUUUCCCCGACCCCAAAGAUCACUUGCUACCUCUGUCAUUCAGGCAUUGGGGUACAUCCUGAUAAGUCAUGUCAGAACUGCCAAUUUCAGGACUGAGAUGUGUUUUUAAAAAACAAAUCCUUAUAAACUCCACUUUGUACUUUAGAUUUUAAAACUGGGGGGAAAAAUGUGAUAUUCUUUGGACCACUUUUUUAAUUUAUAUAAGCCUUAAUGAACAGUGUCUGUACAUUUGCAUACGCACACCCCCACCCCAGAGUGUUCCCAGUAUGUCAGAGAAAAUGCUGUAGCAUUCAGACAGGAGCUUGGAGAAUGUUUUCUAGAAAAGGGGUGGCUUCCUGUUGGCAUGAAAUUUUCCAAGCAAACGUCUCAUGAAACAUCCGUCGUUUGUUAAAGAUGUUCCACUCAAAGCAAUGCAUGUUUCAAAGGCAUGUCUUUCUGUUCGUUGGUUUUAUGUGUGUAAGGAGUAGCAUUGCUGUUGGCACCUAACCUUGCGUGCACUGCAUUCUUAACCCCGUACCAGUGCAUCAGAAGCCUUCCUCGUGACCGUAACUCUGUAUAACUCCGUGUCUGCAGAUAUCUGUGUUCCUAUGUAAGCCAGUUUUCCCCUUUCACUCAGACUAAUUUCACCUAGAUUGUCACGGUUUCCUUCAUGUUAACUUUGCGUGACUUUGUUCUUCACUACUAUGUAUGUAAUAUCUAUACAUAUAUACGUACAUAUGCUGUCCAAAUAUAUUUGUAUAUAUUUGUAUAGCAUUUUUACACCUUUAUUCAGUAAUCUGGUUUCAAAAGGGGGUGAGAGCUUAGUCCCUUCUACAGUUUUCUCCAAGCUGUGUCCUGCGAAUUUCGACCCUUGGAGCCUGAGAAAACCCUAGGAAGAUGAUGUUAAUUUGCUGCCAUUUCGUAAUUCAGGAUCUAUCAUCAAAUGAAACAUGAAAAAAGCAGUGACUUUUAAGGUGAAAAGUUUCAAGCAUUCCAAAUAAAUUCUCAAUGUUUCAUAACUUUUUAUUAUAAACCCACCACCUAAUAGGAAGCCAAGUACUAUUUGAUACAGUGGUAAAAACCAAACUACCUUGAAUUUUUUUUAAGACAACUUAUGAAUAAUGCUCAUUUUCACAAUCAGAAUAGCUUUAAAAUAUGGUUGAAUUUGAUACACACAGGAAAAGUUUUCUUGAAGAACAAAUCCUUUUCGCUUUUCUUUUUUCUUGAGAGAUCUAAAGAGAAACUGUAGAUUGUUUUCCUGACAGCAAAAGACUAAUGUGACGAAAUGAAGUCAUUGUAAAGAAGCGAUGCAACUUGUCAAAUAUUUAAUAAAGAAUUAUGGAAGCUGGAACAUUUUCUA